CGCCUCGUUGCGAAAGUCAGUUGCAGCUUGGCCCGCGGUCGCGUGUCUGAGCCAGCAUGUUACCUGCGCUCACGACCAAGCCCAAGCAGCCCAUUAAGCAGAUCAAGGGCCUCAGCAACGACUCGAUCGACGCGUAUGCCAACGCGCCGAUCACGUCGUCGUCGACCUCGUAUGUCGACACGAGCGACAAGACGCCCAAGACAGCGCGCGAGCCGACGCCGCCCGACGACGAAAAUGCCUCCACGACCUUGGCGCGAGCACUUCGCGACCGCAAGCCCAAGAACGACGAGGAGCUCACGCUCAAAGCCGGCGACCUCCUCACGGUCCAUUCGUCCAAGAAGACGGGCUAUUUAAAGUGCGAGUGCAACGGCAAAGUCGGGUAUGUGCCCGCAUCCUAUGUCGAGUUCCUCGACAAGGACGGUGCCGUCACCGAAGCGCCGUCGUCGCCGCGCAAGAAGAAGAAGAAGGCCAAGAAGAAGAGCCACAAGAAGCGCCACUCGUCCGACGAAGACGAUGUCGACCUCGAGGAAGAGGAAGAGGAGGAGGCGGAGACACCGCGCAAGUCUGCACGCAAGGCCAAGGCCAAGAAGCGGGCAGAGGACGACGUCGACAUUGAGGAAGAGGAGGAGGCCGAGACACCGCGCAAAUCGAAGAAGAAGCACCGGCGCAAGCGCCAUCACUCACGCAAGAAAGGCCACAGCAGCAGCGAGUCGAGCAGCGACGGUGACACGACACGGCGUCGGUCGUCGCGUCACCGGCGUCAUCGGUCCCGGCGCCGGCACGACGACGACGACGACGACGACGAGUCGCACUCGAGCGACGACGCGUCGGACCGCGAGUCGCGCUCAAGGCGACGAAAGCAUAAGCAAAUCAAGGAAACCGAGAGCGACCCCGAGCCCGAGAAGAAGAGCAAGACGCCAGACAAGAAGAAGACGUACGACGAGGGCGUGCCCAAGGGUAGUAAAGAGGCUAAACAGUCGACCGGAGGUGAAGAGAUCGUGGACGGCCACAAGGAAGACAAGGUCGUCGCGUCGUCGACAUCAACGACAACCGCGGCGACGACGACGACGACGACGACGGCGACCACCAGUACGACGGGGUAUCUGACGCGGGAGCAACAGCAAAAGAAGGACGAGAUACGAGACGAAGCAAGCACGAGCAGCACGAAUGCGUCCGGCAAGAACGGCAACAAGAGCACGAUUGGCAAGAUGCAAGACAAGAUGCGCUCGAUCCUUGGCAAGAAAGAGGGCAACGGCACGACCAAGAAAUCCUCGCGAUCCAAGACACAGUCGAAUGGCAUUUUAAACGCCUGCCCGGGGACAGUCCAGGGCGAAGAGGGCUGGUACGAGCACGGCGAGUGUGAGCGCUACUACUUCAUUCUCAUUGACGGCAAGUGGAGCUUGCUGUACGGUCCGAUGACGGACGACGACUACGAGCUCUUUUGCAGCAAGGUGCUCGAGUAUGACCUCAUGAUUGAGCUGCCGCCGACCCAUUUGCACAAGCACGGGUACUAUCUGGACAAGGACUUCAAGGUGCGGUAUAUCAAGCCGUAACUGUGUCGUCGACGCGACGUAGUGCUGUAGUUUUAAUAUAUACGACCACAUCUUUUGAAUGUGCACACAUUGUCUAUCGAG